UUAACCAAAUGGGGGAUUGUUGGGUGACAUUUAUAAGGAAACUGCCAUAUUGCCAUUUUCUUCCAGGUAAUGGACUGCCAGGUACUGAGUGGAAGAGCGAGGUCCAUCAUAUUCCUCUUGGUGCUGGAUGGUUUCCUUUGUUCAGCCCAACAGGUGAAGGUCAUUCAAGACCAAAAGUUCUUAGCGGUUACAUUGGGAAGUUCUGUGAAGGUUCAAUGCAGUCACACUGGGCCGAGCUACUACGCUAUGUUCUGGUACCAACAGAAACUGGGCCAAGGCCUGAAGCUUAUGGUCCUUUCAUCUGACACAAAGCCUGGGAACAUGGAGGAGGGCUUCAAAGAAUGGAGCAUGGAACGGCCCGAUACCCAGAAAUCUGAUCUGAGUAUUUCUCAAGUGGGGGCUGAGCACUCGGCCGUGUAUUUCUGUGCUGCGAGUGAUCACAGUCACUAACAUGGGAGAAAGUCAGUGUACAAAACCCUCAGACCCACAGAAUGGCCUUGCCCAGACCAGCAGGGGGAGCUGUCGCCCAGUGAUAGAACCGGAGCUGUAGGGCUGAGGGUGCCAGAGGCCUUGGGAUUGAGCACAAAGUAAACUUUAGGGGCUGCCAUGUGACUUUAUUCUGCAUUUUCCCAAGGGAAUUCAUAUUCUGUCCCAAUAGAGAUCCAAUACACAAUGGGCUGCAGAGCAUCACACAGCGCUGAGCAAAAUGUAUUUACAGCAUCAUAAUAAUCUCUAUUAA